AUGACAGACAUUACAAGCUCCAUUGAAGAUCGGUCGGCCGAGAUCGAUCGUUGUUUAUCACUUAUCGCUCCUUCACAACCUGACGAAUCCAAGUUUGUGGGUAUGCUAUUACUCCCUCGCCUUUUACAACAAAACGAGCCCGAGUCAGUGCAACGCGUCUUUGAUGGCAUGAACUUUAAGUUUAUUGAAAGACUAUUGCGUACAAAUACAAGUGACAAUGGAUCUGAUAGUCAAAUACCGGGCCAUGUUCUCCGAGAAAUUGCUGUGAAUGUCUUAGCUUGUUUUGCUCAUUAUGACAAGAUGGCUGCAACACAACCCAUGGCUGAUCGCAUCCCUGGUUUAUCCACCAUUCUCAUUGCAAAUGAUCCAUCGGAUACAACACAAGAAGCGCUUCAUACCAUGAUGUGUGUUGCUGUUUCAAAGGAAGGCCUUGUACGCAUGCUUGAUCCCGAUGUACUCAAAAACAUCUUGGAAUUGGUGGCAGAAACGAGCAAUCAAAAAGAACGACAACUAGGAACACAAUUGAUCCAUGGUACUUUUGCCCGAGCAUGUCACCUGUUGCAUGAAACGCGUAUCCCCAGCUUGGCAUCUGCACUCAAAUACGCCCUCCCAACAUUAUUCACGGCACUCUCUCGGUUAUUGGACAAGCAUCAAGAUGAACUCAAAUUUGAAGCACUCGAUUUAUUAAGCAGUAUUCUACCUAAUCUUCCUUCAGAGGUUGUACGCAAAUUCAAGGAUGAAAACGCAUCGGACUUAUCCAGCUGGCUGGAUGGUCUUCGUUCAGGUCUUCGACAAUUACUCACUACCAAGCUUGGUGACAAGUAUAGAGAUCAAGCCAUGGUGACAACGGCAUGUUUACUUCGAUACUUUGAUACCGAUUGGCUAUUUGGCACAUUGAAGAAAACCAAGCAAUCUCGACGACGUAGCGAAAAGAAGCCUUCCAAUCGCACUACCGAUGCCACAGAAGCCGACAUCAAAUUCCCUCAGCUACUGAUCCAUCUUGUGGCCGUGGAAACGCGUGUGAUUUUGGAUGAUAUCCAUGAUCGACGACUCAAUGAACACAAUUUGCAAGCAGUGGAGGUGGAUGAAGAAAAGGAAAAGCGACAAGAAAUCAUGCUUCCCAUUUACUAUGAAAUCCUUGAAUCAGCUAUCCAGUACCUUUCUUCGCAUUAUGACGAGGAACGUGACAGCGGCAUGGAUGCUGAAGUCCUUCUCAAGAUCAGAACAGCGCUUACGGAUACAAUGAACGUCGUCAUGGAAUUACUCAAAUUCGUUCAAGAUACGUCAUCGGAUGACCAGCUGGAAAAUGAUAUGGUUGCACAAGCUAGCAUGCGCAUUGUGGCAGUGUAUUUAGCAGAAGAAGGAUAUGAAAUGGAAUAA